AUGGAAGAAGUUGGAAAACUCACCACCGUCACCUUGACUCCCAAGGAUCUAGAGUUACUGGUUAAUGCUCGAGUCCAACAGCGAUUACUACUGCAACAACAAGCAAAUGACGGUGAUCCUCUGCCAAAACGUUAUCAGAACCUGAAUAUAGGAGAAUAUUCAGGAACAACGGAUCCAGAGGACCAUCUUCUCAAGUUUGAGAAUGCUGCCCUGUUGCAACAAUUCACAGAUGGUGUGAAGUGUCGCAUGUUUCUUACUACGUUUGGAGGCUCAACACAACGAUGGUUUAAGCGCUUGCCGGAGAAUUCUAUUCGUCGCUUCAAGGAUUUUCGCAAGGUCUUCCUCCAUCACUUCUCUAGCAACCGACGUUACUACAAGACUCCCGGAAGUCUCUUUUCGCUCAAACAGGGGCUUAAGGAGACGCUCUGGACCUACAUCAAAAGGUUCAAUCAGGUGGCUAUGGAGGUCGCUGUCACCGCCACGGAGAUUUUGGUGAAUGCCUUUUCUCAAGGACUCACCGAUAAUGAUUUCUUUCGGGAUCUUGCUAGAAGGCAGCCAGCAAACUUCGAUUUUCUACUUGAUCGAGCAAGUGAGUUUAUCAAUGUUGAAGAAGCACCGGCGGCUCGAAAGAAGGAGGCCACCGCACCUGCCCCUGCUCUUGCCGUUGAGAAACCGACACAAGCUGCUCCACCGCUCAGGGAAACUAAGGCGCAUCCUCAAUUUCGCCAGCAAGAACCACGACCUCAGGUCGUCCAGCAUGUGGAGGUCCCUCAAGAAGCUCCUCUAAGGUGGUGUACAUAUCAUCAGACAUUCGUCCAUAGCAUCGAAAGCUGUUACACUUAA